GGCCGCUGCAGCUACCUGGGGGGACACUGGAGUGCGGCCUUCGACAGCGUGGGUGGCAAUUCCUGGAGAAGAUGAACCCCCCUUACCGACGGAGCAGAGACGAGUGAGCCUGAGAACUGGUUGGUAUUUUCGGCAUCCCGAGAGCCGGUUGGAAUUUCGGCACGUCCCGUCACGGUUGAUGGUGCUUGGUGCCUUGCAAGAAGGGAUUUGGAGCUGGCACACAGCUCAUGCGGGUGCGACAUGCGACCUGCUGGGCAAGAUCUACCUCAAUGGGGAGAGCUUCCAGCCCACAUGCAAGCUGCAGUGCAUCUGCAUGGACGGGGCCAUUGGCUGCAUCCCGCUCUGCUCCGAUGACCUGCGCCUGCCGUCCCCAGAGUGCCCCAUGCCCCGGAGGGUGAAGUUCCACAACAAGUGCUGUGAGGAGUGGGUGUGUGAGGAGGGCAGCGAGGAUAACCGCUUUGGAACAGCCAUGGCAGUUUUCAGGAAGGAUCCAGCUCACAGGCCAGAGCUGAACAACCUGCAGGAGAACUGCCUGGUGCAGACCACAGAGUGGAGCACAUGCUCCCAGAGCUGCGGAAUGGGCAUCUCCACCCGUGUGACCAACAACAACCCCCAGUGCCGCCUGGAGAAGGAGACCCGGCUCUGCAUGGUCCGGCCCUGUGACUUCUCCAUGGAGAAAACUAAGAAGGGGAAGAAGUGUGUGCAGACCCCAAAGCAGCGCCAGAGCCUCCACUUUGAGUUUUCAGGAUGCACCAGCACCCGAUCCUACCGGCCCCGGUUCUGUGGCAGCUGCUCGGACGGGCGCUGCUGCACCCCAUUCCUGACCAGCACCGUGGAGGUGGAGUUCCACUGCCCUGAGGGGGACUUCUUCCAGCGAAAAAUGAUGUUCAUCAAGAUGUGUUCCUGCCACUAUGACUGUCCCCGAGACAACGACAUCUUCCUGGCCACAUAUCACCGUUGGAUGAUCGGAGACCACGUCAAGAUAGAGCAGCAAUAGCCCUGCCUUGCCAGAUCUGAGGUGUGCAGGAGGGCUCUGCAGUGCUUUCGUGGCUGUGUCCUGGCCAAUGCAGCCUCUGCCCCUUCUGUGAGGGGCUGUGCCUUCCACAGCAGCACCAC